GGUGCCGUUCAGAUCAUCUUCAGAGGAAAAGAAAAUCAGGCAGAGGCAGAGGCUGAAUAUGUGGAAACGUUUGCCAACCCUUUCCCAGCUGCUGUCAGAGGUUUUGUUGACGACAUCAUUGAGCCGGCCACAACUCGAAAAAAGAUCUGCAAUGAUCUGGAAAUGCUGGCCAGCAAGAAACAGGUCAAUCCGUGGAAGAAGCAUGCCAACGUUCCUCUGUGACACCAAACCGCCCCGUCUGCGUAUUACCAGGAAGUUGACCUGCUGGUCACCACUCCACUGACCGCAGCAACAACACAUCAUUAUUUCCUGGACUUUUUUUAAAGCAGAUUUUUGGACUUAAAAUGAAUUGUUGCCCCAAUUGCAAAAUCAGGAUAUCUUUAUCAAAGUAUGUUUUAAAUCACAAUAAGCAAAAUAAUCUUGUAGCCAGAUGUCUUUUUAGAUUGUGAUGUCAGCAGUGGCCAUAUUGGCCAUUAUUGUUGAUUACAGUAUAGAAGAUUAAAGUACCGGAUCAUUUCAGCAUCAAAUGAAAACAUACUGAAGUUUCUUGUCCUGUACACGGUUUAGAAAGGUGGACUA